AUGGACGCUGCGCUUGAAUUGGCACAGAAGGUGCCGCAGCCUGUACAAUACGGUCUUGCUGGCGUGGGAGCUCUGUUCCUCACCACCAAGCUGUUCGGUUUUUUCCGACUGCUCCUAUCCGCUUUUGUCCUUGGAGGCACAAACCUUCGAAAAUAUGGAAAGCCUGGGACAUGGGUUGUGAUCACCGGUGCCUCGGAUGGCCUGGGGAAGGAAUAUGCGACACAGCUUGCCGCCAAAAGCUUCAACCUCGUCCUCGUCUCUCGCACCGAAUCGAAGCUGGAGGCUCUUGCUAAAGAGCUCCAGCAGAAGUACCCCAAGGUUCAGACCAAGAUCCUCGCUAUGGACUUUGCCAAAAAUGACGAUUCCGACUACGAACGAUUGAAGGAGCUCGUCGCUGGCCUUGAUGUUGGUAUCCUCAUCAACAAUGUUGGUCAGAGCCACGAGAUGCCCGUGGCUUUCCUCGAGACAUCUGCGACCGAGCUACACAAUAUUGUCACCAUCAAUUGCUUUGGGACACUGAAGGUGACCCAGGCUAUUGCUCCAAUCUUGAAGAAGCGAAAGAACGGUCUUAUUCUUACAAUGGGCUCUACUGCUGGCUGGUCUCCCAGUCCCCUCCUUGCAACUUACUCGGGAAGCAAGGCAUUCCUCCAGCACUGGAGCAGUGCCCUGGCCACCGAGCUUGCCGAAGACAACGUUGAUGUUCAGCUGGUCAUCAGCCAUCUCGUGACGACUGCCAUGAGCAAGGUCCGCCGUCCUAGCCUUUUGGUUCCCAAUGCUCGCAACUUUGUCAGGUCUGCCCUUGGAAAGGUUGGGCUUGGUGGAUUCCAGGCUGCUUCCAACACUUAUACCCCUUGGUGGAGCCAUGCUUUCCUGGUGUGGGUUGUUGAGACCAUCCCUGGUAUCUAUGGCUCGAUCACGCUGGGACAGACCAAGUCGAUGCACAAAGACAUCCGCAGGCGUGCAUUGCGCAAGAAGGAACGCGAAGCCAAGAAGCAAUAG